CGCUGCUGAUUGGUCCAAACUCCUGUCCGUGCCAAGGGUCUCUGCCUUCCCUACAAAUACAUCUUUAGCGGGAAGUUGAGAGCUUUUCGCGGUUCUAUCCUGCAAACCUGAGGGGUCCUGCGUCUGCCUGCACACCGUGACACCGAGAAGAGGUUCUGCUUGUGUCUGCCGCUAACGCAGGAGACGGGAAACAUCACCUUUCAUCAUGAUGUUCGUGAUCAAAAGAGAUGGGCGCCAGGAGCGCGUCAUGUUCGAUAAAAUCACCUCCCGCAUCCAGAAGCUUUGCUACGGCCUGAACCCGGACUUUGUGGAUCCGGCUCAGAUCACCAUGAAGGUGAUCCAGGGCUUGUACAGCGGCGUCACCACCGUGGAGCUAGACACGCUAGCGGCGGAGAUCGCGGCCACCCUGACGACCAAACACCCCGACUACGCCAUCCUGGCCGCGAGGAUUGCCGUCUCCAACCUGCACAAGGAGACCAAGAAGGUGUUCAGCGAGGUGAUGGAAGACCUGUUCGCCUACGUCAACCCUCUGAACAAACGGCACUCUCCCAUGAUCUCCAAGGAGACGCUCGACAUCGUCAUGGAAAACAAGGACCGCCUUAAUUCCUCCAUCAUUUAUGACAGAGAUUUCUCCUACAACUUCUUCGGUUUCAAGACUCUGGAGCGCUCCUACCUGCUGAAGAUCAACGGGAAAGUGGCCGAGCGGCCGCAGCACAUGCUCAUGAGGGUGUCGGUUGGGAUCCACGGGCGAGACAUCGACGCUGCCAUCGAGACCUACAACCUCCUGUCGGAGAAGUGGUUCACCCACGCCUCUCCGACCCUCUUCAACGCCGGGACCAACCGGCCGCAGCUGUCCAGCUGCUUCCUGCUCACCAUGAAGGACGACAGCAUCGAAGGCAUCUACGACACCCUGAAGCAGUGCGCGCUCAUUUCCAAGUCCGCUGGCGGGAUCGGCGUGGCGGUGAGCUGCAUCCGAUCGACGGGAAGCUACAUCGCUGGCACCAACGGCAACUCCAACGGAUUGGUCCCGAUGCUGAGAGUUUACAACAACACGGCUCGCUACGUCGACCAGGGCGGCAACAAGAGACCCGGGGCCUUCGCCAUGUACCUGGAACCGUGGCACUUCGACGUGUUCGACUUCCUGGAGCUGAAGAAGAACACAGGAAAGGAGGAGCAGAGAGCCAGAGACCUUUUCUACGCCUUGUGGAUCCCGGACCUGUUCAUGAAGAGAGUGGAGAGCAACCAGGACUGGUCCUUGAUGUGUCCCAGCGAGUGUCCCGGGCUGGACGAGUGCUGGGGAGAGGAGUUCGAGAAGCUCUACACCAGAUAUGAGAAGGAAGGGAGGGUGAAGAGGGUGGUGAAGGCGCAGCAGCUCUGGUACGCCAUCAUCGAGUCCCAGACCGAAACCGGGACGCCCUACAUGCUCUACAAGGACGCUUGCAACAGGAAGAGCAACCAGCAGAACCUGGGCACCAUCAAAUGCAGCAACCUCUGCACAGAGGUGGUGGAGUACACCAGCAAGGACGAGGUGGCCGUCUGCAACCUGGCCUCCAUCGCCCUCAACAUGUACGUCACGCCAGAGCGGACUUUCGACUUCAAGAAGCUGGCCUCCGUCACCAAGGUAAUCGUGAAAAACCUCAACAAGAUCAUCGACAUCAACUACUACCCGGUCCCCGAAGCCGAGACGUCCAACAAGCGCCACAGGCCGAUCGGGAUCGGCGUCCAGGGUCUGGCCGAUGCCUUCAUCCUGAUGCGACAUCCGUUCGAAAGCCCCGAAGCCCAGCUGCUCAACAUCCAGAUCUUCGAGACCAUCUACCACGCCGCCCUGGAGGCCAGCUGCGAACUCGCCGCAGAGCUCGGCCCCUACGAGACAUACGAGGGCUCGCCCGUCAGUAAGGGCAUCCUCCAGUACGACAUGUGGGAGAAGACGCCGACCGACCUGUGGGACUGGAAGCUGCUGAAGGAGAAGAUCGCCAAACACGGCGUGAGGAACAGCCUGCUGCUGGCGCCCAUGCCCACGGCGUCCACCGCCCAGAUCCUGGGCAACAACGAGUCCAUCGAGGCGUACACCAGCAACAUCUACACCCGCAGGGUGCUGUCCGGAGAGUUCCAGAUCGUCAACCCUCACCUCCUCAAGGACCUGACGGAGCGCGGCCUGUGGAACGAGGAGAUGAAGAACAAGCUGAUUGCAAACAACGGAUCCAUUCAGGACAUCAGCGGGAUCCCAGAGGACCUGAAGCAGCUGUAUAAAACCGUUUGGGAAAUCUCCCAGAAGACCGUGCUGAGGAUGGCGGCAGACCGUGGAGCCUUCAUCGACCAGAGCCAGUCGCUGAACAUCCACAUCGCUGAGCCGAACUACGGAAAACUGACCAGCAUGCACUUCUACGGCUGGAAGCAGGGUUUGAAGACGGGAAUGUACUACCUGAGGACGAAGCCAGCAGCCAACCCCAUCCAGUUCACCCUGAACAAGGAGAAGCUGAAGGAGGUGCAGCAGAGCAAGACCUCAGAGCAGGAGAUCAAGGAGAGGAACAAGGCAGCCAUGGUUUGCUCUCUGGAGAACAGAGACGAGUGCCUCAUGUGUGGCUCUUAGAGCGGCUGUCCGGCCUGUAAACAAACCUGCUGGGACUUGAAUGCGUUUCCUCAUGCUGGAAACGCUGGAGAGAUAAUACUUGAUCUGUAACCUUAAGAUGUUAGUGUUUUUUUUAUUAAAUAAAAAAAAUUGUAACUGGU